CGCUACAUUUCACAUCGCUGUGGUCAGGACGACUGUUAAUUUCCUUAACAUGUGGUUGGGCGGAUUGUUCGAACAAAAUGAUAACAUGGCUUGUUUCUGAGCCUAAAUGUUUGGGUCUCGAUAUAUAUUAACCUCCCCGGGCCUGUACGUUAAAUGUUAUCAUCCCAUCAGCACUUGAAGGUGAUCAUCUCCAAGGUAUGCUUAGCUCAGUUUCACACAGAACGCUACUUCCUCCCAAGAGAAGAUCCAACUUACUUUAUUGACUUAGUACAAAAAAUAUUUAACUAAAUGUGGUGUGUAUUAUCCAUCAAUUUAUGUAGCCCAGAUUGCUACCCUGUAUGACACAUGAUUUACAGAAGUAUUAUAUCUCGACCAAUCACAUUCAUCGUCUUCGUCUACCAAACAAUGAUUCAGAUGGUCGGACACAUCAUUUCCCCAGAUGCGCAACAUUACGCACUCAAAUAAUUAUCUUGGGAAGUAAAUCCAGACGCUAUUUACUAGGUAAAGUAUUUGGCUCCAAAUACGAUUAUGGUCAUGGCUUCUAAUAGUUAACAGGAUAUGCAUAAAAAUCCCAGUUAACAUUGUUACUGUGUGACGGGCUGUAUUUGCAAGGAAAUGAAGAAUUUUGGAGACCAGUUGUUCUAAGUACCAAUUGUUCCUGUUGUGUAAACCUCUUGCAUACUGAAUUUGGAUGACAUCAAGAUUGUUGAAGAGUUUUGACUCACAAAAGUUUUGAAGUGAGAAAGUAUCCAUGUCCUGAUUGUUCUAUACAAGAUUCACUACCUCAGUAUUUCACUACAUGUUUUAAAAUAAUGAUUUACGAACAAGGACACUCAUACAGUUGUCUUAACGAUUUUGUUUCCAACAAGACCUUGCAUAUCAAGAAAAUAUUCUAAAGACAAACCACGUAAAAUCAUACAUACGCUGUCAUUUGUCAGUGGUUGGGAUCUACGCUAUGACUGUUGUUUCAAACUGAGAAGGUCUCAUUUACUUAUGCUUAAGUGGAUUGUUUGUCAUGUCAGAUCUGUCCUGUAACGCAGAUGUAACAGAUUCUUUUAACAUUACACAAAAUACACCUAUUCCUAAUUCAAAUUGCACUUUGUUGAAUGAUGUAAUUGUUGAAAAUCAUAAUGACUGUGAUCCAUGUACUCAAGGUCCGUCAGUUAAAAAACCUAGGUUAUUUGAGCAACAAGAUACUGUUUGUAAAUUGAAUAAUGGUUUCAAGGAUGGUUACAAUAUUUGCAACUUAAAAAGCUUACCAGAAAUUCAAGAAGAACUUAAAAAAGUUCGACUCUGUUUCGAUUCAAAAUUAAAACUUGCUCUAAAAGAGAAAUUGUCCAAAUAUAUAUCUUUUAUUGAGACAACAGAAAAAACAGUAACUAGUUUAAAGGAAGAAAUAACUCAAUUAACAGGUCGAAUGGAUUUCAUUGAGUCUUCGUCAAAAGACUUGACGAAAUUGAUUAAUGAGCGAAUUCCUUUGCCUGCUCCAACAAGUGGUAUUGGUCAGUCGAGAACUCUUUCUUCUCAAGCUCCUCGUUUACCUGUACUAUCUCAUUCUCCUUCGGUAUCCGCGCCAGAUCGAUCUAUACAAACAGUGAAUCCUUCGAAUCGACAGCCGAAUCUAACUUCAUCGAAUUCUGUUUCAUCUAGAUUAUUAUCUGUUCUACCAAAAACUUUCGAACUCCAGUGUGUUCCUCCUCAAACUGCAUCAGGUACAGUUUUAGCUAUCCAGGUCAAUGAUACUAUUGACCUGACAUCAGACACUAAUAUAGAAAAUGCUUGGGAAGAACAUUUGGUUUCUGGCUCAACAAAUACGAAAAAAAUAAAUAAACACAGUGCCACACCUCUUUCAAAUUUACAGAACGGGAUUAUUUCCACAAUAAAUGUUCCACCUUCAUUCACAUUUGACACUGGUAAUAGUCUGGAUAAUGGGAAUUCAAAGCAAUCAUAUUUGGACUUGGCAUCUUUAUCUCAAGCUCAGAAUAUAACUACUAAUCAAAUAACCAAUUCUCUACCAUACUCUGUUAUUCCCGAUGUUCAACUACUUCCUGUUGCUUUGCUACCUCCAGUUCCAACACAACCAGUAACUAAUAUCAACCAUCUUCCAUUGCAACCUGUUCCUCAGCUAACUAUUGCAGAAGCGGCUGAAGGAGUUUGUUUACAAUGGUCUAUUACAUAUCCAAUUGGAUCAUUUGAACCAGCUAUUUCUUAUGAAAUUUAUAGUUAUGCUUCAUCUGAAGUCAAUUUAGUCACUGUUCAAACAUCAUUACCAUGGAAAAAGGUUGGUGAAGUAGCCGCUUUACCUUUGCCUAUGGCGUGUACAUUAACUCAUGUUCAAGCGAAUAAUAUGUAUUAUUUUAUUGUUAGGUCAGUUGAUCGAUUACGUCGAUAUAGUUCAUGGUCAAAUGUUGUAAAUGCUUAUGUCAGUUGAAAAGCAUCAAAAAAUUGUCAAUAAACCUGGGGAUUUGAUUAAUAUCCCCUCUUCUUGAAAUAUUCCUUUAUAAAUGAAGAUAUGUGUACUUUUUCUAUUGCAUUUACCCAGUAAAAAUACGUCUGUACAGUUCUCAUCUAUGUCAGGAUGUGUGUAUGUAUGUAUUUAUGUAUGUAAAUUUUCUUUUCUUUGUAUUCAGGGACUUUAGCCCUAAAUUGAUUUUCCUUCAGUUAUAUACUUUAAUAUUUUGUGAUCUAGGCUAAAUAUGUAUCACAGUAAAAGAGUAUGUUUUUUUUGUUUUCAGACAUUGGAAAUUAACCUCGAAAAUAUUAUUUCGCGGUUCAAUGUUCCGAUGUACAACUGAGUUUGAUGUUUCUUUGUUGCAAGUUUCAAUGGUGGAUUCUUAGCGUUAUUAUGCACACACUUAAAACCUUAUCUGAGUUUACUUUGAAUCCUUGGGGGAUAUGGCUUCCUCUACUGUUUUCGUGUUAUUUACAUUCUCCUUAAAACUGAACACUCCGCACUACGAUGUACACAAUAUCAUACAUAUUCGAACAGCCAAUUCACAUUCACUGAAAUUGGAUCGCUAUUUUCCGACUCAUAGAUAAUAUUCUUAAAUGCAGUUAGAG